GGUCAGCAAGCUGUGUCAUCUUUCGCAUAUGAACACAAGCGCGUGAGCUUUAAGUGUGCAGUGCAGUGUGAAGGAAAACGUUACAAGUUUGCGGAUUAGUUGUGAUUGGCAUUUUACUUAAUCGUCUGGGCGAUGUUCCGAUAAUAGGCUUACUCUUUUGCGUUGGAGGCUGCUCCCUGGAGCUUUUCCAGUUAGCAGCACUGCGAAAUAUCGCAAGCUGCGAGUGCAUGUCGCUCUAAGCACUUUUGAACAUCCUUGCACUCUUAUAAAGCGGGUGCCUUAGUUACUCCUGCCGUGGUCCUCGCCAGGCGAGCAACUGCCAGCUCAUGGGCAGCCCAGUCGAUGUUGAAGCGACCGAGGCGAGCCCCCAGGUGGAAUGCGCAGUAUGUGCAGCGCCAAUAGAUCUCAAAGUUGAUGCAUGCGACUUAAAGGGGGAAGCGGUGACCUGCGGGCACUCAGGCGCUCCCCCGUCGCUCCCGCGCUCGGCAUCCUCCUCCUCGCUCCAUCACAACUGGGAGGACGAUGUCGCGGAGUUCCUCCACCAUGACGUCACGCGUUCAUGCAGGGACGGCUGCCGCUACCAAGGGAUGCCGUACAGGCGCGUGGGGCACAAGCCGCUGCUGCUGGCGACCGUGCGAGGCACGGACGAGAACGGGCAGGCGUUUGAGUGGCUGGCGCGGCGCUGCCGAAAGCGCGUCAAGCAACCGUACGAGUGCCCGCGCCCGCCCCCCAAGCUGACCUGGUUUGACUCGCUGAGCCUCAAGCGGCACUACCACAAACCUGGCUGGUGGAUAGCGGCGCUGUUCGUCGUGGGCAGCGUGUUCUGGCUCUUCACGGGCAUAGCGCGCCUCACUACGCCAGUCAGCCUGCCCGAGCAGUGGCCGCCGGGGCUGGGCUCCCUGAGCGCGGGCAUGAGUGUGUGGAUCGAGGUGGUGGCGCUGUACCUCAUGUACCUGCCCGCCUGCAUCAUACAGGUGUACGAGGCGAUCAACAUGGAUUUGGAGGCGCGGCUGAGGGCGUGGCAGCGCGCGUGCCGGCAGCACCAGACAGCCGCCAACGCCCGGGCGGCGGUGCAGGCCGGCGGCGGCGGCGGCGCCAAGGGAGGCGGCGCCAAGGGAGGCGGCGAUGAGGGAGGUGGCGAUGUGGACACGGCGCCACUGCCGCCCCGGCCGCGGCCGCGGGUGCUGCCCAGCCACGCUGACCUGCGCACGGUGUCAUUCUGGCUGGCGGCCAUGCAGCUAAUUGGCAUAUUUGUGUUCUGCGCCGCCGUGACCACCGAGCUGGUGGGCAAGGCGGUGCAGCUGAGUGACGCCGUCUACCGCUGGGUGAUCGCCUUCGAGUUCUUCAUCGGGGGCGCGCUGUUCUCGGGCUCGGCAUGGAUGGCGUGUGUGGAGGAGACGGGCAGCUACUGGCGCGGCUGCGUGCCCAGCCGCUGGGCCGACCUACACAGCGUCAGCUGGGCGGCGGUGUUCUUCGCGCUGCACGGCUCACUGGGCUUCAUGAUCUUUGGCAUCGUGUUCUUUGCCUACACAGACAUCGGGUGGGCCAGCACGCAGGGCAUCAUGGUGUACGGUCAGGUGUGGGCGUCGGCGUGCUUCAUCAUCUCAUCUACGGCGGGGCUGCUGGAGCAGGCAAACCCACAGCACAUGUGAAGCUGGUAGGCUAGCUGGGCGAGAGGCGCUCUUGGGGGAGAGACGCUCUUGGGGGAGAGGCGCUCUUGCAGUAAAGCAAGCAAAAGUGGUGGAGGUGCCUGUGAGCGGAGCAUUCUCGAUCACUGGGGCGGUACCCAUCCACUGUGGGCGGUACCGUAUUGUAUGUUGCCGCUGUCGUUUGUUUGUUGCUGUGCCGGUUGCUUGUCGUCAAAGUGUGGGCUGAACUUGAAAGCGGGUUGCUUGGUGGGGGAGACGGGUGAGAAGAGUAGCGUUGCCGUCCAAUGGCCCUGCGACGCAGUGUUCUUUGAUUUGAUUGUUGGUCGUUUGGCCCGCCCUUGGAAGGAUGGCCUUUUGGAAGGAUGCCCUUGGACGGCAGCGGAAAACACAUCACGCACAUCAGUUUACACCAGGUACCACCAAUGGAUACGGGAGAGCAGCAGUACGGGAUGACAGCACUCAAAUCUGGAAUGCUUGUCCAAUCAUUGAACAGUGUGUACACGCACGCAUGACACGCGUGUCGCUCGUGUGCAGAGAUCAUGCGGCCGCGGUUGCUGGACAUGCAUUAUACAUUGUUAUGGCUUGUUGGCUUGCAUGUCAGGAGAUACCUAGGAGAGCACACGGACAGUAUGUGUCUUGCUUCAUUCGCCAUCGAUCGAAUGUAGGUUUCAGAAGAGCACGCUUGCAAUCAAUCGGUGGCUUCUUGGCCACAAAGCACAUAUCCAGUAAUCUGCACACGAAAACCUGUGAAUGCGUUUGCUUGUAUCUACUUAGUUCAUGGGAGGGACGCCGUCGCAGUAGUAGCUGUUGACAGUCAUGUGGACAGCCCAGUAGACGCCGUUGGUGGUCAUGGUGCUGGGGACGGUGAAGGUGCCGGCAUUGGUGGAGACCGUCGGUCCGAGGUUGAUCUGUCGCGCAAGUGCAACGUGCGAACAGGACAGGGAUUAGACAGGGAACAGCCGUACGGUAGCAUGCGCAGUACGAUUGGUGGUGGGGGAGGCAAUCUACAAUGAGAUGCGGCCGAUGAGUCAUUCCAAUAAUACUGCAUUUCACAGCAAGGCACGGCCGAAAGGUUUUUGUUUGCAGCAGGUCCUGGCCGAGUGGUGUGCGUCUCACCGAGUUCACGCGCCAGGUGGCGCCGUAGGUGAAGGGAAAGGUGGCGGGGGUGGUGUACGUGUCAAACUUGCCGAACUGGCCGGGGGCGAAGGUGGGCGGCUGCAUGUAGCUCUGGUACACUUGAAGCACGCUCGAUGCUGUGGAGGCGCCGACCGAGGGCGUCCAGAAAGCCAUGAGCGAGGACGCGCUGCGGGACGAGAGGGCGGGGGAAGGGGACAGCAGCAGGGGUAGCAGAGGGCGGUGGUUAGUGCCAUGCAUGCAUAUGCUUUUGCUG